GCUGGUACAACAUUGGAAAUGUGAGACUGAUUGGCUCUGGUCUCCAAUUUUGUAUUGGUCAAUUUAGAUGCAUGUUGUGCCACAUAAUGGUUCAUAUCAUGCACACAGCAGCACAGACAGUAACAGACUAGUGUCAGCCACACACAUACAUUACACUUCAGUGCGCAUUAAAUUAUUAAGUUAGUGCUUCAAAAGUUCCAUAAUAACUGUAAAGAGUUCUGUAACGGUUCAAGGACGGAUUGCUGUACGUGACCUGACUUCAAACUUGGAAGCUGUAAGUGUUGACGUGUUUAUUUUAAAGGUUAGCUAACUUGCCGUUAGCAUAUUGUGCGGCUAAUGUGGCUAGCAGGCUCGGCGAUGUUGGAUUAAUGUUGUACAGUCGAGAGAAAGCCUCAUUUAAAGCUCACUAACGAGCUUAGUGUGUCUGAUGCCUGCAACUGUUUUUCAUGUUGCCUUCUGUAGAAAUUUAAUUUUAACGUUACUUAGCACAGUGGUUAGUGGUGGACAUCCUAUUCUGUUCCGUACCAGUGUGUGUGCACGUUGCUGCGGCGUGGACCCACCAGAGCCCCCACACAUAAAAGAGGAGUCAAGCCCAAGUCUGGACCAGGAGGACCCACCAGAGCCCCCACACAUAAAAGAGGAGUCAAGCCCAAGUCUGGACCAGGAGGACCCACAAUCACCCACACAUAUUAAAGAGGAACAGGAGGAACUCUGUACCCGUCAGGAGGGAGAGCAGCUUCAAGGGCUGGAGGAGGCUGAUAUCAUCAAGUUCACAUUCACUCCUGUUCUUGUGAAGAGUGAAGAAGACGAUGAAGAGAAACCUCAGUCCUCACAGCUUCAUCAAAGACUCACUGAACAGAUGAAGACAGAAGCUGAUGGAGAGGACUGUGGGGAACCAGAACCAGACAGAAAUGUAGAUCCAGAUAGACAUUUACAAACAGCGACUGAUGACAAGACAUCACACUCCUCUGAACCUGAGACUGAUGACAGUUGUGAUUGGAAGGAGAUCAAGGAGCCUCAGUCAGGUUCAAACCCUCUGCAAAAUAACAGUGGAUGUAACACUGGUGAGAAAUCAUUUAGCUGCUCUGAGUGUGGUAAACGAUUCCGUUAUAACUCAAAGCUAAAGAGACACAUGAGAAUUCAUACAGGAGACAAACCCUUUAGUUGCUCAGUUUGCAGUAAAAGAUUUAAUCAGAGGGUAAAUCUGACACACCACAUGGCGCUCCACACGGGGGAGAAACGAUACAUCUGCAGUGUUUGUGGCAGAAGAUUCACUUGGUCUUAUCAGCUCAAAAACCAUCUAUGUGUUGGUCGUCAGUCCUCAGAGCUUCAUCAAAGAUUAACUGAACAGAAGAAAACAGAAGCUGACGGAAGGGACUGUGGAGGACCAGGACCAGCCAGGAACCAGGAUGAUGUGGAAUGCAAUAACAGAAAAACAUCAAGUAGCGCCUCUGAAUAUUCUACAAGCUUUGGCCAUGAGGGACAUCUGCAAAAACACAAUGGAAUCCAAACAGAAGAGCUGUUUAGUUGCUCAGUUUGUGGCAAAGGCUACUACAAGAAGAACUCCCUAAGGAGUCAUAUGAGACUUCAUUCAGAAGAAAAAUGUUUCAGCUGCUCCGUUUGUAAAAAAACAUUUCGAUGGAGAGGAGAUGUUGUAAAGCACAUGAGAACACACACAGGGGAGAAACCCUUCAGUUGUUCUGUUUGUGGUAAAGGAUAUCCCAGGAAGAACUCCUUAUUGACUCACAUGAGACUUCAUUCAGAAGGAAAACGUUUCAGCUGCUCAGUUUGUAAAAAAACUUUUCAAGGUAACGUGGAGGUUAUGAAUCACAUGAGAACACACACAGGGGAGAAACCCUUCAGUUGUUCUGUUUGUGGUAAAAGAUACCCCAGUAAGAACUCCUUAUUGACUCAUAUGAGACUUCAUUCAGAAGGAAAAUGUUUCAGCUGCUCAGUUUGUAAAAAAACGUUUCCAUGGAGAGUAGAGGUUGUAAAACACAUGAGAAUCCACACAGGGGAGAAACCCUUCAGUUGUUCAGUCUGUGAUAAAAGAUUUGGAGAUAAGGGAAAUCUGAGACGACACUUAGCUGUCCACACAGGGGAGAAACGAUUCAGUUGUUCAGUUUGUGGUAAAGGUUUUAUAGAAAGCUCAACUUUGACCUCACAUUUAAGAGUUCAUACAGGAGAAAAACCUUUCACAUGCUCAGUUUGUAAGUCGAGUUUCAGUCAGAAAAGCAAUUUGUCCACCCAUAUGAAAACCCACACAGGGGAGAAACCCUUCAGGUGUUCUGUCUGUGGUAGAGGAUUUGCGCAAAAGUCACGUCUGAGACAACACAUGAGAACCCACACAGGGGAGGAACAGUCCACCAGUUGAUUGGCUGGUACAACAUUGGAAAUGUGAGACUGAUUGGCUCUGGUCUCCAAUUUUGUAUUGGUCAAUUUAGAUGCAUGUUGUGCCACAUAAUGGUUCAUAUCAUGCACACAGCAGCACAGACAGUAACAGACUAGUGUCAGCCACACACAUACAUUACACUUCAGUGCGCAUUAAAUUAUUAAGUUAGUGCUUCAAAAGUUCCAUAAUAACUGUAAAGAGUUCUGUAACGGUUCAAGGACGGAUUGCUGUACGUGACCUGACUUCAAACUUGGAAGCUGUAAGUGUUGACGUGUUUAUUUUAAAGGUUAGCUAACUUGCCGUUAGCAUAUUGUGCGGCUAAUGUGGCUAGCAGGCUCGGCGAUGUUGGAUUAAUGUUGUACAGUCGAGAGAAAGCCUCAUUUAAAGCUCACUAACGAGCUUAGUGUGUCUGAUGCCUGCAACUGUUUUUCAUGUUGCCUUCUGUAGAAAUUUAAUUUUAACGUUACUUAGCACAGUGGUUAGUGGUGGACAUCCUAUUCUGUUCCGUACCAGUGUGUGUGCACGUUGCUGCGGCGUGUAAAUUGACUUGAUAGACAGGCCCUGAAGGUAACGAUUGUUGACUAGCACCCAGCAGCUAGCUUGCUCUGACCAUAAAGCUGCUGUUAGCGGCUCGCUGUGCAGCGAGGUGAGACACUCUUAGGCCCCCGUACUGCGUUUUUCUUUUUAAACGGAGACCUUUUGCUACGUUUGCACCUCCCGUCCACACUAAAACAGAGAAGUUUGGAAAUGCUGCCGACCCACGUUUUGCGUUUCAAAACUCCGGAGGGCGUUUUAGUGAAGACGGGCCAAAACGGAGGACUUUAGAAACAAUGACGCAGACGCUCGGCUCUCUGAUUGGGUCUUAAAAGGUUUUUGACUUGGUAUUUUUAUUAAAAUAUUCUGUAUCGUGCAAAUAAGACUUACCUGCCUACACUUGUACUGUGCAUGUCGCCGUUUACUUUGCGACGACUCCCAGUCUGUUUUCUGCCGCCACAGUCCCGUGUUACAUUCAGCUCGUUAUUGGUGCAUGCAAAAAAAAAACUGGUGUGA